UCCUGGCAGGAAGCUGCGCUACGGGAAGAGGGAGGAGACUGCGGCGGCGGCUGUGUCUGGUGGGAGCCAGAUGUGGCAGUGCUGCUGCCGCCAACAGUGAGACUGAGAACCCAUGAGCCGAGUGCUGGGGACACCGCCUCCAUCUCCGCCUUCCUCACAGCGCUCCAAGAUACCUUCUUGCCUACGGAUCCUCCCCUCUCAGCUCCUGCAAGCACUCACCUCAUCGUCUGCUGAUCCUCUUUCGCCACAGGUUCACAGCGGAGGCAGCGCGGCAAGGUGUCCCAUUUGGGCACGUGAGGCCCGUGAUCCCCGGACGUGGGGAGGUGGGCACUGGACUAGAAAACCGGAGGAUUGGGGUUGCCCCUUUCCUCCUCCUGCAGGCAUGAAGACCCUUCACAAAAAGGCAGCUGCAGAUCAGCAAACCAGGGAAACUGAUGAUCACCACAUUGGAUCUACAAAUAUGAGGAAGAAAAAGACCUGUCAAAAGAAGCAGAGGGGCAGACCUUCAUCCCAGCUCCGAAGGAACAUAGUGGGCUGCAGAAUUUCACAUGGAUGGAAAGAAGGCAAUGAGCCCAUCACGCAGUGGAAAGGAACCGUUCUGGAUCAGGUGCCUAUCAAUCCCUCUCUUUACCUGGUCAAAUAUGAUGGAAUUGACUGUGUCUAUGGACUGGAACUUCACAGAGAUGAAAGGAUUUUAAAGCUUAAAAUCCUUCCUGAUAAGGUGCCAUGUUCUCGAGUCACAGAUGUGUGCCUUGCAAAUACCAUAAUUGGGAAAGCUGUGGAACAUAUGUUUGAGGGUGAGCAUGGUUCCAAAGAUGAAUGGAGGGGAAUGGUCUUAGCCCAAGCACCUAUCAUGAAAGCCUGGUUUUAUAUUACCUAUGAGAAGGAUCCUGUCUUAUACAUGUACCAGCUUCUAGAUGAUUACAGAGAAGGAGACCUCCGUAUCAUGCCAGAGUCCAGUGAGUCUCCUCCAACAGAGAGGGAGCCAGAAGGAGUUAUAGAUGGCCUCAUAGGUAAACAUGUGGAAUAUACCAAAGAAGAUGGCUCCAAAAGGACAGGCAAGGUCAUUCACCAAGUGGAAGCCAAACCCUCUGUGUAUUUCAUCAAGUUUGAUGAUGAUUUCCAUAUCUAUGUCUAUGAUUUGGUGAAAAAGUCCUAACUGUUAGGGUAAACUUUGCCACAUUUGUGAGAACAAAUGUAUACUUUGUAGAUGUGCAAAAUAAUGUUGCUUUUCAGUGUAUUGAAAGCUUAAGGGUCCCUGUUAAUUCAACAUCUUUGCCAGCAUAACUGUUGUUUUGUUUUGAAAAAUACAAAUUUAUGUGGACAUGA